ACCGCCUGUUCUGGCUCAGUUGCACUUCUGCGCGGUAGCGAGCGGAAGCGAUUUUGCAGUGGUUGAGCGGAAGCGAUUUCGCAGUGGUUGUCGGGAUCUCAUGAUGAGUUCCUGUAGAUCCCAUAUUUACCCUCCCCCCCACGGGAUGUCGGAAGAAAACCGACAGCAAAAAUUGGCCAGGGCCAGGAAAAAGUUGGCGGAGUAUCAACUGAAGCACAACCUCCCGUCUUCUUAUAUAAAGAAGAAAAAGGAAAACGUCAACAAUGGUAGUAGCUCUGAGACAACUGCUACUGAUAGUUGCUGCCCACCUGAGGAUAUUCAGGACAUUCUGAAGGUGCUGGUGUCCAACCUUAACCAUUCCAAUGGGGUAGCACUCCCCCCAUUGGACAAUUGGAAGGCGCCCAAAGACCGCGCUUGCCCUGCGCCACCAUUUGCUGAUGACACCAAGUCACCUGAUGGUUUUCCUUCCACUGAUGAUGACAGCGGAAGUGGUGUCCCUUCCCGUGAUAACACUGAGUCACUUGGUGGUCAUUCCACCGAUGACAGCCUGUCACCUGGCAGUGUCCCUUCCCCUAAUGCUAGGCUCACUAGCACGGAAACACUUAAGGACCAUGAUGUUGAUGAUGUUUCUGAUCUUGUGGACAAAAUCGAGACUUUCUCAUCGACUGAGAGCCUGCGACAACUUUCUCAGCAUAUCAAUAGUCUUGUGUCCGAGUCUUCCUCCUAUGUCAACGGAACGGGCUUUUCAUCGUCCAUUGACCUGAAGGAAAUGGAGAACCGGUACCACGAGCUAGCGGUAGCCCUGGACUCCAGCUAUCUAACAAACAAACAACUCAGUAGCAAAGUAGAGGAAUUGCAACAGCAUAAUCAAGAACUUAUGGAUCAGCUGGAAAAAGAGAAAAAAGAAUAUCAGCAAAAGUCGAUGAAGGAACAGGGAGCCCUACGAGAACAACUCCAGGUUCAUAUUCAGACCAUAGGGAUCCUAGUAUCUGAGAAGUCAGAUCUUCAUUCUGCGCUGGUCCACACUCAGCAGGCAAUCAGGCAGAAAGAAGGCGAGUCGGAGGAUCUUGCCAGCCGCCUGCACUCUUCUCGGCAGCGGAUAGGAGACUUAGAGCGGACUCUGUCUGCCGUCUCCACGAAACAGAAACAGGUGGACAAGGAUAACAAGGAGUUAACCAAAGAGCGAGAUGCUCUCAAGAUGGAGUUAUACAAGAACAACAAAAAUAAUGAGGACUUAAAGCAGACAAACUCAGAACUGGAAGAGAAGCUUCGCUUCCUGGUAUCUGAGAAGGAGGCCUUGAAGCGUCAGUUUGACGAAAUGCAGAAGAAACUGGACUUUUCCGAGCUCCUGCUACUGCAGUUUGCUACCCCGACUGAAGCCCAGAACAGCAGCCUGCAAUUACAGCAGAUCUUGGACGAUCGGGAGAAGCUGGAGAAACGUGUGGCCGAGCUUACGGAGAAGAUGAAACGGUUACAGAUUGACAGAGACCAUUAUUUAGCAAUUCUGAAAGGAGAUACUGCCAUGUGGCAGGAGAAAAUGAAGGAAAUGUCAGAAAAGAUGCACAUAUUGAAAGAGGAAAAGGAGCACAGUGUGACUCAAGUUCGAGAACUAGAGGCCAGUUUGGCUGAACUGAAGAGCCAGAUAGCUGAACCACGACCCCCGGAGCCCCCAGCAGGGCCCUCUGAGACCGAGCAGCAGCUACAGGCAGAGGCUGAGCAGCUGCAAAAGCAGUUGGAAAGCCUGGAAGGACAGCUGCAUGCCCAGUUACAAGAAAAUGAGAGUUUGAGUCAUCAGAACCUGGAGCAGUGGCAGCGGCUGCGGGUGCUGGAACAGCAGGCCGAAAUGUGGGGGGACCAGGCAGAAGAGCGCAAGAAGAUUCUGGAGACCAUGCAGAACGACCGUGCCACCAUCAGUCGUGCAGUCUCCCAGAACCUUGAGCUCAAGAAGCAGCUGGCCGAGCUGCAGGAUGGCUUUAUCAAACUGAGUAAUGACAAAAUGGAAAUUACUAGUGCACUACAGUCAGAGCAGCAUGUGAAGAUGGAGCUGGCUAAGAAGCUGGGCCAGUUACAGGAGAAGCUGGGAGAGCUGAAGGAAACGGUGGAACUGAAGAAUGACGAGGCAAAGAGUCUGCAGCAGGAGCGGGAUCAGUACCUGCUCUACGUGCAGCAGUACGCGGUGGCCUACCAACAGCAUGCGGCCGCCUACCAGCAGCUGGUUUCAGAGAAGGAGACUCUACACAGGGAGCUCCUGCAGCAGACCCAGGCCGUGGAUCAGCUACAGCAAGAGAAAGUUCAGGGCGCGAUGGUGGCCGAGAGGGCCCGCCAGGAGUUGCAGGAGACCCAGGAGCGCCUGGAAGCCGCCAGCCAGCAGAACCAGCAGCUGCAGGCUCAGCUGAGCCUAAUGGCUGACCCUGGGAAGGGAGAUGGAUUGGACAAGGAGAGAGCAGAGAAGGAGGAGAGACUUGAGGAUGGAGUGGAGGACGCUCCUGACAAGGAGAUACCUGACAACGACCACACACCUGACAAAGACGACACUCCUGGCAAGGAGAUACCUGACAAAGAUGACACUCCUGGCAAGGAGAUACCUGACAAGGACAACACUCCUGGCAAGGAGAUACCUGACAAGGACAAUACUCCUGGCAAGGAGAUACCUGACAAGGACAAUACUCCUGGCAAGGAGAUACCUGACAAGGACAACACUCCUGGCAAGGAGAUACUUGAUAAGGACGACACUCCUGGCAAGGAGCAGAUACCCAACAAGGACACGUCUAACAAGGAGCAAAUACCUGACAAGGACAUUCCUGACAAGGAGCAAAUACCUGGCAAGGACACAUCUAACAAGGACACACCUGACAAGGAACAGAUAACUGACAAGGAGAUACCUGACACAGAGGACACACCUGGCAAGGAGGGAGCAGAUGAGGAGGCUGGUAGGCCCAAGCUGGGCAUCCCGGAGAACCUAGAGAACCCAGAAGCCAUGGUGACAUCUUUCAACUCAGCUCUGGCCAGCGCUGAGGAGGAGCAGGCCCAGUUGAGUGGGCGGCUGACGGAACAGCAGGUGCGCUGCUUGGCUCUCCAGGCAGCCGCAGGCCCUGGAACUGGAGGCGACGUCGUGUCUGGGGAAACCUACCGGGCCCUACAGGUGGACAUGGAGAAGCUUCAGAACCGGUUUGUAGAGCUCAUGCGGGAGAAGGUGGAUCUGAAGGAGCAAGUGGAUGAGCUGGAACAUCGCUGUAUCCAGCUGGCUGGAGAGACAGAAACCAUUGGGGAGUAUGUCACACUGUACCAAUAUCAGAGAGCUGCGCUGAAGAAGCAGCAGCAUGAGAACGAGGAGUACGUUCGCGAGAUGGCAAGAGAAAAGGAGGAUAUGAAGGCGAAGAUGCUGGAGCUGCAGGGGCUAGUGAUGCAGCUGCUGAACCAGCACGACAAGGACCACGGCAAAGUCCUGCUAGACACCCACAGUGCUGCACAGGAGCCCAUUCCAGGGCCCUCAGCCCUGCAGGAGCUUGACGCUCCGGAGCAGGGGGAUUUUUACGAGGUGAGCCUCGCCAACAAGGAGCCUGCAGAAGUGGCCAAGAGGGGGGCCGCUCCUGAGAACCAUGCUGCUCAGCAGAUCAUGGAGCUGCUUCACCAAAUACAGAGCCCCUCAGACAAGACGGGCUUGGGCGUCAACCCCUGCCUGCCCUUAUUCUACCGGAAUAAGGAAAAGAACCACUUCAAGGUCUGGAUCGCCUAAAAGUCUUAUAGUGUCAGCAAGGCUUGGAGAAGUGGUGCUGCCCCCAUCCCACCCCCGCCACUCCCAGUCAGCCUUUUCUCCUUAGAUUCCCAAGACAACAGCCCUCCCACCUGGGCCAGGACUAAGUCCUAAUUUUUGGAUUAUUUUCCAGUGACCAUCUUAGCAGUAUCUAAAAAAAUU